AGCAAACAAACUGAAGAAGUGGGACCACUGGAUUGAUUUUUUUGUAACACUCCAGAUUAUUGAUUUCGGCUUAUAAACCGACAGCGGACACGGCUUUUCAGGGGUCUAGUGUGAUCGGGCGCUCAGUAACAGUGAAGCUAACGGCCGCCCGUUGUCUCCCAUCAUCCGUCUUCAGUUUAGUCAUCUCUGUUUGCUUCCGAGAUUAUAACUGUCUGGCGUUACCGACAUUGCAGGCGCUAUAUUCACAAGGUGAUGUCUGAGGUCAGUGAGACUCAGUCUGGGCUGAAGGAAGGAAGACAUGAAGACCAAGGUGCAUUAUCGACUGUCCCCAUGCAGUCCCCCGGUGGUGAAGCCUCCAGACCGGACCUACAUGACCUGCUCCCUGCUGGCCACUCAUCCUCCACAGAUGUGAGCCCUUCACCUUCUGAGGCCAGUGGCUUGUUGACAUUGCCGUGGGAGAUAAUAGCCAACAUCACCUCACACCUUCCUGCUCAUUGUGUCCUUAAUGUGCUGCCAAAGGUCUGUCACGCUUUGGCUAAUGUGGCAAAGGACAGCACAGCCUGGCAGCUCCGUGCAAGGAAAUUAGUUGGAUCCAGACGCUUUCCAGUGGGGCCAAAGGAGAACUUUAACUGGCCUGAAGCCUGUAUCGAGUUGGAGCAGUUAAUAUCACUCUGGACAAUAGAUGUUCACCGUGUGAGAAGACGAAUGCCGUAUCAUGAGGUGGCAAGGGGACCAGAUGUGCCACAACAACCGGCAGAGCAGGGUGUAGAACCAGCUGCAGAGAGACAGGGAGAUGGCUUAGAGGAGGAUUUAGAAGCUGCUGGAGUGGCGGCGCAGCAAAUAGACCACGGUGGGGAUGAGGUGCAGCCGAUGGCAGCUGGAGCCCACGAAGCACAGCUGAGAGAUUUGGAGGAGAGGCAGAGGGAUGACGCAGCGGCGCUAAUGGAGGAGGAAAGAAACCACAGGAUGGCUCCUGUUGCUCGCCACAGACUGGAUGCUGAUGUUAAUGUCCAAGAUGGUUUUGUCGAUCCCGAGAAUCAGCCUAACGGAAGGCAUGGGGAAUUAAUGCAGCAGCAACCCUCCAAAAGCCAGAGCCCCCCUCCGCAGCUGGAGUACAUGUCCUUAACCACAAGCCACAUUGCUCAGAUCAACUCCGUCUGCUCCUGGGGGGAGGGGAGAGUGUGUGCCACAGCCUCCAGAGACCGUAACGUGAUGCUGUGGGACCUGGAGGCGGGCCCGGAGGGAGCGGCGCUGCACACGCUGACCGGGAAGCACGGCUUCAGCACACAUCAAGGCUGGGUCUGGUGCCUGGACUGUCAGGGACCUCUGCUGGCCUCGGGGGGCUUUGACAGCACCGUGAGGCUGUGGGACCUGCAGGCGGGCGGAGCAGAGAGGGACGUGAUCAAGGGCAACAGUGUCCUCUGUCUGUCCUAUCAGACGGACGUGCUGGUGACCGGCUCUUUCGACAAUAGAGUCACCUUGUAUGACCCCAGAGCCGAUAACUCCCUCAUUAAAAUCCUCAAUCUUCAUGGCAGUCCGGUGAUCGUCGCCGCUGAUGACAAAUACAUCAUCUCAGGGGGCAAAGGUCGCACUGUGGUUAUCUAUGACCGCAGGGCAGACAAAACUUUGAAAAAGAUUCAGCUGAAGUCUUUGAUGUACAUGAGCUACAGCGGCAAAGAGGUGUGGGGAGGAGGCCACAGCGGGAAGCUCCACUGCUUCUCCAUGCAGCCAGAUAGCUUCGGGCUGGUGUCUGACUUUGACGUGUGACACACACGCCUGAUCACUGGGAUCCACAAAUCAUCUGGAAGCCUCUACACCUGUUCAUCCGACCGUACGGUUAAGAUUCAUAUUCCCUGUGCUCCUCCAAAGACGUUAUGCACUCUGCAUCAUGCAGGCGAAGUUAACAGGCUGAGCGUGCAGGCUGGAGUUCUCGCUAUCGCCUCAGGGAGUGGAGUCGUGGAGAUCUGGAGGUCCAGAAGAUGAAGUGACAACAUGUGCAAAUUACUUUUUAAAAACAAACAUACCCUGAAGCAUCUCAUUCCCUGUUCCAACUUUCUUGACCCAAACUGGCUUGUUGAGGUCUUGGAGUCAUUUACUGUAUUGGCCCAACUAUUGAACGACUCUGAUUAUAAGACGACCCCUAUUUCUCAAAUAUCAUUUUGUGAAAAUAAAAAUAUGUUGAAGACAGUAAGGUUACUCAUAAAACAACUUUUUUAUUGUACAAUUAUUCUAGGAAAAUUCAAACAGAGAUAACAGAGGUGUGCUAAGAACAGAGGAAAUUUGCAAAUAAAGAAUAAGUGAUUGAAAUCUAAAAGAAGAAAAAAAUCUAACUUGAUUUACAGAUAUAAAAUAUAACAAGAGCUUUAAUAUAUACAAAUAUAUACAGGUAUGUUUUAGUGCAACAGAAUGCGUGUGUAAGUGUCCAUUAUUGCUAACUGGGGUUAUAAAGUGACCAUAAUAUAUAUCCAUACAGUGUCAACAGGGUUAAGACACUUUCUCACUUGUGAUUUUCAGUGACCGAAUUUCCAUGACCAAAACACAGCUUCACGCUUCACUGAAUUUUUUUUAUUUUUUAUAUUUGAGUAUAGAAACGUGAGGAGCUGAGGAGGGCUCCUCAGAGCUCCUCAGAGCUCGUUCGCUCUCCUCUGAUGUCUCCACCUUAUCAUCUCCACAUCCACAACUGUUGUUCUUUCCUUGGCAGCGUCUCUUCUGCUGCCUGGAGCCUUCUUUAAAACACAGCCAGUCUGCUUUGCAAAUAAGCAAAAUGAAAAAAUAGAGUCCCACAACGACCACCAUGUUUGACGCUCCGUUCGCCACCUGGUCACCGGUACUUUGGCUCCAUCUAGCGGAGCGGAUGUGUCAUGACAAUCUAGUCCUCGAUUAUAACACGACCCCAUUUUUGAGAAUACAAUUUCUGGAAUAAAAUAUCGUCCUAUAGUAGGGCCAUAUGGUAGUCCAUAAAUGUGCAAAGAAGAAGAAGAAAAAAAAAAACAGCUGUGGUACACAUGGACAAAUAAAUGCCUUUAUUUGGUUGCAACACUAAUGUUCAGGAGUAACUU